AUGUCUAUGCCCUCUUCUAAACUUAUCCAAUUAUUAGAUUUUGAAGUAUUUGGUCGAGUACAAGGUGUAUUCUUCCGCAAAUAUACCAAGAAAACUUGCGAUAAACACCAUGUUACUGGCUGGAUUAUAAACACUGCACACGGAACGGUCCAAGGAACGAUAGAAGGAACUCCACAGAACGUUGCAAUUGUGAAACAAUGGAUUACAACGCAAGGGAGUCCAAGUUCACGGAUAGAAAAAGCAGAAUUUUUCAACGAACGCCAAAACAAUUCAAAAACAUUUGAUAGUUUCAAGGUCAUUAGAAAUUCUGCCGAAGUUGCCAGAAAAACCUUUAAAAGAUAA